CGAAAAAAAGAAUAAAAAAAAAAAGAAAAAGAAAAAAACACACCCCAAAAAACACCGCCGUGUAGAUAGCCAGCCCUCAUUAAUCGAGGCAACCGGAUAUAUAGCCAUUUCUAUGUUAAAUGACAAAGAUGGCGACGUCUGUUCAGGUUGUAUUUAUGGAAUUCAUCUUUGUACGCAAUAUUUAGCACGACGUGUGUACGGUAGUCGACUUUAUCUUAAAGCAAAAUGAUCUUUGCUAAGUGCGACAUCUGGUAAGUACAGAGAAGGCUGUCCGCAGUCCAGAUCAAAAGUGAAGGAGCGGUCAGAAUGACCGUAGAUUUAAAAAAAAAAGAAAAAAAAGGUCUUGCGUAUUAUAUUAUGGAUUAUAAGGCCGAUGUCUUGAGUGCCUUGACUGUACAUGUCUUACGCCAUGCAGCGUUAACUUAAAUAUUUUUAGUUGUUUACAGACAAGCAUAUGCGUUUUGUACUUGUCUAACAUUUGUCGCUAGGAGGAUGUCAAUGAACCGUUGUUUGUACCGCGUGUGUAAAGAAGAAGCAUAUUUCUGAAAAAUCACGCUUCCCGUAUUUGUGUGAAAAACUCGAAAACAAACUUCACUCCAGUUGUGAAGAAAGGAACAACGAAGGAAAAAUCCGCCCGCAAUUGAAGACAUCAGAAGAGAGAGAGUCGAGAGAGAAUGCCUCGUACCAAGCUUACCAUCUUCCUGCUGGUGGUUCUUUCUGUUGGCACGGUACAUGCCCAGUUAGUAUGCAACGAAACAUGCCAUUUCACUUAUGAUGGAUCUCUGAGAGAACUGAACGAUCGAUGUACGCAGGCGCUGUUCGGUGACGUCAUUAUCACUGACCGAGCAUUGCUGCAGGGGGCGGGCUAUCUCGCCUUCCCCAUCUUCCACAGCAACACCCUGCAGCCCCAAUUCUCAUUGACCUUCACUUUCAAAUACACCGGAAACCAUCGAAAUAAGCCAGUCAAACUGAUCAGCAAUGGAUGUAACGGCCUUGACCCUUCUAUAGAGUUCUCUUUCACGACCGACAGACACUCCGAAACGACCUUGAUGCUUUGGGUUACUGAUGAGACGAUUAGCAAAAUCUUAACGUUCAAAAAUCCAACUGUGAAUAUUCGCAACGAUGUGUCAGUUAAAAUAGUCCAGUCUGAAACGGCCUUUAUGCUACAAGUAGCAGACCAACUCAUUCAGAAAGUAGCUAAAGCUAGCAGCCUCCACAUUGUAGGGGUGGACUGUCCACUUCAAGUUGGAAUUGCCAAUGAAGUCAACAAUUUCGUUGGAGAAUUUGAUGAUUUGGUCUACUACCCAUGUGAAAAAUCAGAUCUGUUUAACUCAGACGGAUUAUCAUCCGCCUCGCCCAACGUGCCUAUCAACCCCAGAUACACGUCACCUGUGGACCCGUUCUACAGGUCUCAAACCAGCCCUCCACCUCGAUGGCCAUACCGCGCUGACCAAGAGGUCAAGGCUGCCAACCCAAACACCAACACCAACACGAACACAAGAUGGCCGUUCCAGUACGCUCACCCUCCUGGUUCUUCCUCUGAUCCCCGAGGUCCUUCGCAGAUUGCUAGAUCCGCGUUCGAAUCUCUCUUCGGACUACCUUCAGCAGCAGCACAAGCUGCACAAGACCCAGCCUGACUAUAUGACUCCUGUGAAGCGGACUGCACCAAACAUCGAAACUUUUGCGAGUGCUACUGCUCGUGUGACUUUUUCAGAGAUGUUAAAUCUGACCCAGAUACGUUAGGUCUAUAACUUUCAUACAGGUUUUGUUUUGUUUUUAUUGUAACAUUGUCUAUAGGUUAUGAUGAAUGAAAACAGAAUCAUUUAGCAUAUUUGUUUAUAAUCUUUGCAUAUUUCUUGUUUGUGAUUAAUAUUUUAAUGCUAUCUUCCAAUCACUGUUUGGUUGGUUAAAUUGUCAUGAAUGGAUUUUUUUGUAUUCCUAUACUCACACGUGUAAGUUUAGGGGUUUUCGUGUCAGAGAGUCA